AAGCUUUGGCCAUGGAGUUUUCUCGUCUCACUGAAGCCUUGGCCUCCAAAUCGUAUGACAACAUCCCCUUAAUUUGUGAUGAUCUCAUGCUAUCGUUUGCUGCAAAGGGAAUUACGUUUCAUGAAGAAUGGCCCUACACGAUUCAUCUCUUGGGACACCUUUACAACAAUGACAUCUUCAGUGCGCGGUUUUUGUGGAAGACAACACCAGCUGAGAUAAAGGUGAGCCGGCCGGAGAUGGUAGCAGUUUGGAAAAUUGGACAGAAGUUAUGGAAAAGGGACUAUGCGGGAGUUCACGAGGCCCUACGUGCAUACGAUUGGAGCCCAGAGGUCAGGGAGAUCGUGGUUUCUAUUGCAGACCGUUACACGAAAAAGAUGUUUGAUUUGCUGGUUUCUGCUUAUUCAACAAUAAGUGUGCAAGAAACUGCUCUCUUCAUGGGAAUGAAUCUUGAUGAUGCUACACAAUAUGUGUUACAUCAGGGUUGGAGUUUGGACGCUGCAACUCAAAUGCUGACAGUGAAAAGACAAGAGAUAGUAAAAGAGCAAAAGUUAGAUGUCACCAAAUUGCAGCGGUUGACGGAAUACGUUUUCCACCUCGAACACUAAUCAUCAACCCUCUGUUAAUUGUGAAUCUUAAUCUUAGUGGUUCUGUUUUAUAAUCCAACAUUUGAAGACGAAGGGUGGAUCAUAUUACUUGGGAAAAUGCAUGUGGUCUGUUUUGCCUUGCCAAAGUCAACAUGAAUUGUCGAUCAAUUCAGGCCUAACGAAGGUCCAUUUUCCUUGGCAGCUUAAAUUAGACCGGAAAUCCUAUAUCUCCACCACAACAACAUCCAAGCCUUAGGAUGUUUUUACUUUGGACUGAAAUUUUCUGGCAAGGUACGGUAAAGACUGGUUAUUGUGUGUUUUAUAAUUGUCCAAGUCUGAUCUGGUUUGGUUUGAGACUCAAAACAAUCCAAGUAAAAACAUUCUUAAUCCCAAAAGAUUUUGAGGUCGAU